UUUAACCAUGCGUAGGACAAGUGGUGAUGAAGGUAGCAGCGGCAGCAGAAGCGAAACAGCAAAACAGCAAGAGGAUAAGACCCAAACAUUGAAUGUUCCUAGCAAAUUGAGUGCUAGUUCUGUUGGACCAGGCUGGACUAAAGCAAGUUGCCCCUGCUGUACAUCCAAGAAGGUGGAGCCACUGGUUUUGGUGAAGCUUGGAGAGAAUGUUCGCCCUGAGACAAAAAGGUGGCUCAUCAGACUGAUAGGAGCUCCUCAGAAAGAUGGGGGUGCUGCAUUGCUAGCCCACCCAGGUGAGGAUGCCAGUGGCGACAUCAUUAUGGUUUCUGCCCCAUGCUGUACAUUGCUUAAAGCCACUGAGGAGUUAGGACUUUGUAGGAUUUACCAGGAUGAUAACAUGGAAGCCUUCUCCUACAAGAACAGACACAACUUCAAAAAUUCAGACGACAUGGAGAUUUUCCUGACCCUUGCAGAGCGACAGUACAUAGUGAAAUAUGAGCUGGAUGGGCUCUGGGCACAGAGAGACCUGAGAAUACCCGGCCUGCCUGACAGCUACACACUACAACACAGAGAUAACAUAUGGAGGAAACUUGGGUCAGCAGGUGUUAUUGAGGACAUGUUUCCCCUCCACAACCAAGACAAACUGAGGGAUCUCAGUGAAGCCUGGUACUCAGGGAAUCAGCUGUCUCAGCCACUGGAUUCAAUAAAUGAGUAUUUUGGAAGCUCAGUGGCUUUGUACUUCAGUUUUCUUGAUUGCUACACCUGGUCUCUGCUUCCACCAGCAAUGCUUGGCCUGUUGAUAACAUACUUUUCAGGGGACGUUCAGAAUGACAUGUUGGAGUCAAUCUCGAGUUCAGGGGUAAAACUUCGUGGAGAUUACUUGGGACCAGCGGGCUACAGUCACGUGAUCCAGGCUGUGUUCAGCAUGCUCUGGUCUACAGUGGUUAUGGAGUUGUGGAAGCGACGGAGCUCUUCCUCUUCCUACCGCUGGGGGACCAGUCAACUAGCAGAACACUUUGCAGAGCCCAGGCCUGGUUACCAUGGCGUACUUGGGGUCAACCCUGUGACAAGUCGUGUGGAACCACUCUUUCCUGAAUGGCGGAGGGACUUACGUAUCGCACUAGUGUCAAUCCCAGUGGUGGGGCUGUUUCUAGUGCUGGUGGUACUGGGUAUGCUUUGUUUCUACUGGGGGGAGGCCAAGAUGCAAAAGUUACAUAAAGAUUGGGACUCCCUGCUGUCUCAAACUUUUCUCUACAUGCCCUCAGUGGUUCACAUCGUCUUUACAAAUGUUCUCGCAACCAUUUACAAGAAGGUGGCACUGUCUCUGACUGAAUAUGAGAACCACAGAGAGGAAUCUGCCUUUGAGAAUCAUCUGACAGCCAAAGUCUUGGUGUUCACCUUCUUCAACUACUUUGCAGUACUCUUCCACAUUGCAUUCUUCAAGCAGGAUAUACCAAUGCUCUGUAAGCGUCUAGGAUCUUUGCUGAUAGUGAGCCAGCUGGUGAACCAGGUGACAGAGGUGGUCAUACCUUUACUGGUGGAUAAGUUCAUCAGUGUCACUCACAGGACAGACAGUGAAGACGAACCACAGGAAGAUAAAUUUAGGAAGCAAGGCACCAUGCCUGUUUUUUCCUGUGAGUAUACAGGCCUGUUUGCAGAGUACAUCGAGCUCCUGGUGCAGUUUGGGUAUUUGAGUUUUUUCUCCUGCGUGUAUCCUCUGACAGCAGUGCUAUUGCUCAUCAACAACUUGACAGAGAUCCGAGCUGAUGCCUACAAAAUCUGCAAACUCUUUCGAAAACCCUUCUCCCAACCUGUGACUAACUUGGGCGUGUGGCAGACUGCUUUUGAGGUCCUGAGUUUUGUCUCUGUCAUGUCAAACUGCUGGCUACUGCUGCUGUCACCACAGUUACAAAAGCUGUUUCUGGAGGGUGGAAUUAGCAGCACAAAAACUAUACUGUUAGCUGUCUUGGUUGAGCAUGUGCUGAUCUUGGUUAAGUUGGUUUUGGCAGUUCUGAUCCCUGAUGAACCAGACUGGAUCAAAAAAAAGAGAGAGCACACUGAGUACACAUCCAUGCAGGCCUUGAGACAGCAGGUUAAGUAUUCUCUCCCCAUGCAUCACAUUAUUAAGCUCUUGAUGUUCUUCUUUAUCUGUUGGACAAUUUUGUUUUCCUUUUCCAGAAGCUGAUUGCUGAGGAGUCCUGAUGAGUUUCAAAGGAGUGGUGGUGCUGAUACAUGUAGUGCUGUGUUGAGCUACUACAAACAGAAGAUACAGUUUCAUGUGGACCAAGGAAAGUCUUGGGUCUCCAGCAGAGCCCACAAUGCAAACCAAUAUGCUACUAAAGUUUCCUGUAUGCUUUUGUGUCUCUGUUUUCCCUAACAAUUUGCUUCUGCAAGGUACAGCAUUAUGUAUUCGUAGCAUUAGACAUCAACUAGGAGGGAUGGUUUGUGUUUCAAAGUGCCCUUAACACAAUUUAUGUUGUGAUUAAAGAAAUGUAUACAGGGUAUUCACAAACAGUGAGGUGAAAAUGAAAAACACAUGUAAGACUACUAUCCAGUGAAUAACAGGGACAAGGAACAGCAAGGAUGCAGUGGCUGUCCACUUAUAGGAAAUUCAGUCCAAAUGUACGAGACUCCAUUCACACUGUAAACCUUAAUAAUCAAUUCUGAUUUACUGCAGAGUUCUGUAUAAUAAUUAUUUUUCGGCUGUUCGCAGUACUGUUUAAAUGUGACAUAUAUCUGAUUCCCAUUUGAACUGUUCAUGAUUCUGAACUGACCCGCAUGCACAAAAGAACAAUAACAUCAAAGAUUUCACACCCAUUACAAAGCCAGCUUCUUUUAACCUGGCUUGAAGGCUUUUCACUUUGAAUUGACACUGCAGCCACACUCUUCUGUGGCCACGUUCAGCCAUUUCUUUCAGUCAGUCAGUAAAAAUAUGACCCCUCAAGUUUUAUUUGUACAAAUUGUAUCCCAAAUUCCUAAAAGAUCUAACACAAAUUAGUUUCCCUCCUGUGACUUCUUCUAUGCCAACUAUCUUCCAUGUUUGUUCCAUUGAGUGUGAGUGACUUCUCAUCCCCCGUCGUGCCAGUGCAGAACUGUUGUGUCAUUCGUGAGUGACAUCAAAGUUGCAUGCAUUGGAACCUGGCUGCCCAAAUCUGAUUUGGAAAGAUCCGAUUCAAUGUGACUUGCACUGUUGAAAGUAAGUUCAUAGCAAAAACACGUGAUAUUAAAAUGGACAAAAACAACUACAAUCAAACUUGCAGUUUGUGUUUUUAGCCAUUGUAGGGUACCAGCUGAGUGAAGCAAUCUGUAUUUACAUUGCCCAGUAAGGGACAGAAAACCUGAUAGAUGUAGAUUACUUGAACAUCCUCUCUGGGGAUCAAUUAAUAUUAAUGUAUCUUAAAAACUACUAAUUUUGGGUAUUUAACACAUAGAUGUGUUGGUUAAACUUUACAAUAAGGGUACAUUAAUUAACUAUUAAUGCAUUAGUUAAUGCAUUAUUAAGCAUUAACUAAUGGUUACUAACAGUUAACUAAUGUGUCUAGUAAUCAAUUACUAAGGAUGUUCAUGUUAACUAAGGUAUUAAUAAAUGCAUUAUUUAAGUGUUUUUAAGAAUGCUAUUAACAUUAGUUAAUGCAGUAAUAAGGCUUAAUUAACAGUAAAUUCAUACAAUAAUAAACAUUAAGAAACAUUAAGAAA